UAUUCUGUGCACCCUGAAUUUCAAAGGGAAUCCCGCUCGGUGGAUGCCAAUGGAGUGAGACCUAGGGGUGCCCACACCAACUUCACACUGAACCCUGGUGUCAAGACUGUGGCCUUUGUGGGAGGGACGCGCGUAUCCGGGGGUUGUUCGGAGGUGCGCGUCUGGCUGAGGACGGGUCCCAGCUCACCCCGCUGCGCCCUCCUGGGGCGGGCGGAGGAGGAGCGCGAGAGUAGCGUGGAAAUGAGAGCUUAAAAGAUGGGAGGGAAGGCGGAUGGGCAGCCGGGCUGUGGGUGUUUCCAGACCCUUUCUGGCCGCGGAGCCUGGAGUGGCCCGUCGGAUCUCUCUCUCCUCCCACUUUGUUCCUGCCUUCCUCUGAGGCUAGAUGGCGUCUCUUUGCACCAAGUAGUUUCACAGGAAGCGCUCCCGCGCUCCGCGUCCAGGACCGCACCCCCAGCGCCUCCCCGGACCUGGGCAAGCAUUCGCCCCUGGCGCUGCUAGCCGCCACCUGUAGCCGGAUCGGCCAGCCGGGCGCUACGGCGCCCCCGGACUUCCUGCAGGUGUCCUACGACCCCGCGCUGGGCUCGCCCUCCAGGCUCUUUCACCCGUGGACCGCCGACAUGCCGGCGCACUCGCCCGGCGCGCUGCCAUCCCCGCACCCCAGCCUGGGGCUGACGCCGCAGAAAACGCACCUGCAGCCGUCCUUCGGGGCGGCGCAUGAGCUGCCGCUUACACCCCCUGCAGACCCCUCGUACCCCUACGAGUUCUCACCGGUGAAGAUGCUGCCCUCGAGCAUGGCGGCGCUGCCCGCCAGCUGCGCGCCCGCCUACGUGCCCUACGCGGCCCAGGCCGCGCUGCCGCCCGGCUACUCCAACUUGCUGCCGCCGCCCCCGCCGCCUCCGCCGCCCACGUGCCGCCAGCUGUCCCCCAACUCGGCCCCCGACGACCUCCCGUGGUGGAGUAUCCCGCAGGCCGGCACCGGUCCGGGAACCUCGGGGGUUCCGGGGGGCAGCCUCUCCGGCGCCUGUGCGGGGGGGCCCCACGCGCCCCGCUUCCCGGCCUCAGCGGCCGCCGCUGCCGCCGCCGCCGCCGCCGCCGCGCUGCAGCGGGGCCUGGUGUUGGGCCCGUCGGACUUCGCGCAAUACCAGAGCCAGAUCGCUGCGCUGCUGCAAACCAAGGCCCCCCUGGCGGCCACGGCCAGGAGGUGCCGUCGCUGCCGCUGCCCCAACUGCCAGGCGGCGGGCGGCGCCCCGGAGGCAGAGCCGGGCAAGAAGAAGCAGCACGUGUGCCACGUGCCGGGCUGCGGCAAGGUGUACGGCAAGACGUCGCACCUGAAGGCGCACCUGCGCUGGCACACGGGCGAACGGCCCUUCGUGUGCAACUGGCUCUUCUGCGGCAAGAGCUUCACGCGCUCGGACGAGCUGCAGCGGCACCUGCGGACUCACACGGGCGAGAAGCGCUUCGCCUGUCCCGAGUGCGGCAAGCGCUUCAUGCGCAGCGACCACCUCGCCAAGCACGUCAAGACGCACCAGAAUAAGAAGCUCAAAGUUGCUGAGGCCGGAGUCAAGCGGGAGGACCCGCGGGACCUGUAAGCCCACCCGGGGGCGACUCGAUGCCUCUCCCGCCUCGGGCUCCCUACCCAGCACCUCUUCGGAGAGGUUCCGGGGGCCUAUGGGCCGCCGGCCGAGAGGAGACCCAACAGAGGCACUUAACUUGCCCCUUCCUGCUUGCCCGCCUCCCAAAAGUGACGCCAGGCCGCCAGCUCCCUGGCCGGCCUGCGGACAGGGACCGUGUGCCCAGGAAGAGCAAGGGAGGUAGGGUUGAGAGCUCUGCGUCACGAAAGAGCAGUUUCAGGCUCUGAACCAUUCCCACCAUCUGGGAGACCUACAAUUUGGGGGAACUACCCUGGGCUGACCUUUGUAUAUAGGAAACGCUGCUGAAAUCAAAGCGGAAGAACCUUGAGAGAUUUGAAAUAGUGCUGGGUUUUUUGCUAGGACUGGGCCGGGCUUUGUACAGGUUAUUUAAUAGCUUUCUUAAAGAAUAAUUAUAAUAAUUAUAACAUUAAUUAAAAUGUUACUUUUGUCCUCAGCUCCAUGCAGAGCUACAGCAUGAAAUGUCUCUGUAAAGCAAUCAGCAGUUGCAGCCUGAAAAUAAAUACGUUAAC